AUGGCAGCGACGGGCCUGGAUGUUCACUUACAUCCCCUCGUCCUCAUCAACAUCUCGGAUCACGUGGUCAGGUUUCGCAGCGCUGGUCGGUCGGAACGGGUUCUGGGCGCACUGCUGGGGGCACAGGAGGGCAGGCGCAUAGAUGUGCACAACUCCUUCGAGCUCGUGUCGCAGGAAGAGCCGGGUGGCGAAAGGUCUCUCGACCUGGACUUCUUCCAGCAGCGCCUGUCCCAAUACCUAGAGGUGUUUCCACGGUACGAAUUCUUAGGAUGGUAUUCUACCGGCCCUCAUCCAGAAGAAGCUGAUAAGGCCUUACACAGAAAGAUCCAGGAGGUUGGAGCCAAUGAGAAUCCAUUUGCCCUCCUAGUGGAUGCUGACAAGAUGUCGCGAGAGAAGGCAUCGCAAUCGGAGGACCUGCCCGUGAAGGUGUACGAUGCCACAGUCCACAUCGAGCAAGGUGUAGCUACAGUCACUUGGAACGAGGUGCCAUACAUCAUCGACACCCUGGAAGCGGAAAGGAUUGCAGUCAACCAUGUGGCCAAAUCAGCGACGACUGCGGCAGCAGGCUAUUCGUCUGAUUUUACUCAGUACACGAGCGGCUUGUCAAACUCAGUUGUCAUGCUCAGCAACCGAAUCAAGGAGCUGUUAGAGCACAUGAAGGAGGUGAAGGAGGGACGAGCGCCGAAGAACCCAGAGGUCCUGAGGCAGACGCUGUCGAUCUGCCAGGCGUUACAGUCUGUGCACCCGACAGCUCUGCAGGAGGAAUUCUGUGGCGAAUACAACGAUGCCACCCUGGUCGUUUUGCUUGCGACGCUCACCAAGGUCUGCGCCAACACCUCUGACCUGCUCGACAAGUUUCAGCUGGCGUACGACAGGAUUGCUUUCUUUUCUGUGGCGCUGUAG